UUUCUCUCUGCGGGCGCUGAGGUGAUAAUUCCCGAUAAGCAGCUCAUCCGCCUAUUCUUGCUGUACCUAGGUGGUAACCACCUUCUCCCUCUCUCUACCUAUACAUAGGGCUCUUGCUCCUGAUAUCCAUACCUGCAGACCCGCUCCCAAUCAAUUGCCGAUUCCUGGAACACAAUGGAGCCCGAAACCCUGGACCACCACCAUGUCGAUGAUGGAGGAGCAUUGCGCAUGGUUAAAGAUCUAGCUUCUGGUGCUGCUGGUGGAAUUGCACAGGUACUACUUGGUCAACCAUUCGAUAUCGUCAAGGUGCGACUCCAGACCACCACACAAUACUCGAGCGCUUUCGACUGCGCCUCGCAGAUCCUCAAGAAGGAGGGCCCCUUCGCUUUCUACAAGGGAACAUUGACCCCUCUGAUUGGAAUCGGUGCCUGCGUCAGUGUUCAAUUCGGAGCCUUCCACGAAGCUCGGAGACGAUUGGAGGACCUCAACAAGAAGAAAUACGCCGACAGCACCCUCGGAUACGGCCAGUACUAUCUAGCGGGUGGUUUCGCGGGUAUCACCAACUCCGUUCUCUCCGGUCCCAUCGAGCACGUCCGUAUCCGUCUGCAAACCCAGCCGCACGGCGCCGGCCGACUUUACAGCGGGCCCAUCGACUGCAUCCGCAAACUCACAUCACAAGGUGGCUUCGCUAAGGGCCUCUACCGCGGCCAGGCCGUCACAUACCUGAGAGAAAUCCAAGCCUACGGCAUGUGGUUCCUGACCUUCGAGCUGCUGAUGAACCAGGAUGCGAAGCGCAACAACAUUAAGCGUGACGAUAUCUCCAGUCUCAAAGUCGCUACAUACGGUGGUCUAGCGGGUGAAGCCCUCUGGCUGUCCAGCUACCCGUUCGAUGUAGUGAAGAGCAAGAUGCAAUCCGAUGGAUUUGGCGCCCAGCAGCAAUUUUCCAGCAUGAGGGACUGCUUUAAGAAGACAUAUGCGACUGAGGGAGCUAUGGGAUUCUGGAAGGGCAUUGGGCCGACUCUACUCAGAGCCAUGCCUGUUUCUGCGGGAACAUUCGCUGUUGUUGAACUUACCAUGAGAGCUCUGGGUUAGAGAUAUAUAUAUAGAACGAUUUCUUUCUACUUUAGAUAUCCACAUCGGCUUUAUUCCACAGUGACGGAAAGUUUGGCAGGAAAAGUUCAUCCGAGGGCCUUCUGGCGAUUGUUCAUUAUGCUUCUACAGAGGACCCGAUGUUUUCUCGAUAAAAUUUUGUGCGCAAGUUACCAAUAUAUACGUACAGUUCGAGUAUCUUUAUUAAGUGAUUUGCGGAACAGUAGUAGUAUAGCUUUCAAGUUAUAUUCUGUUAAUACAAUGACCAUACAAUAUUUAUACAUACAUAUCCAAAGCUAAUUCCCAUAGACGCAAAAUAGAGAGCAGGUCUUAUAGAUCCAGUAACUUCUCAUAAAUAAAGUUACGGCGAUCCAGUGCUCUCGCUCUAUUCCCCUUCCAUAGAAGCGUUCUCCAACUUGCGUUUUGCCUUCUCCAUC